GAGGAAUCCAUUUUUGGUUUGGUUUACCGUAAACUUGGUUAACAAGUUUGACUUCGUGUACUCCUGCCUUAAAAUAGUUGACAAGUUUGAUUUCGUGUCCUCACGCCUUAAAAUAGGAGGCAUCUCCCACGAGAAGGUGCGGUCAAAAUUACUAAAAACCUUUUUCUACUCUUCUUCGUUCGAGAGUCUCAACCAGUACCACCCUCCAGUCUCCGCCACCGCCAAACUAUAUUCUUCUUCACUUCUUCUUCACUGGAAGUUAAGACAGAUGGAAACACCAGACUAUCUACGGAGGCCCCCAUUUAGUGAUAACAAUGCUGUGAGGCUUCCAAUUUUGGAAAAAACCGGUUACGAAGAGGAGGAGGAUGACCCUGGUUGUCGCUUUUCUCGAAUUCAAAAUGGUCUAGCUGGUCUAGCUGAAGUGUACUUCAUAGAUACAAAGAACAUAUUGAUAGGUCUUGAAUACGAGUCUUCAGAGUUUGCGUCUUUGGUGUUGCGCAUGAACUUACGACCAGAAGCGCCCGUAGAUGCACUUCUCUCAAUCGAAUUAGUUCAUAAUCAUCAUUUUGAAACUGGAGAUACUUCAAAGAAUCGGUGCCUGAAUAGGAUAGUGUCCUUCUCGGAAAAGAAAUACAGGCACAAGUUGGCUAAUUGCUUGCAACUAGAAAAAGCAAAAAAGGAGGGAUUUGUGAUUACUCGAGAGACUCCGAAGGGUGGCGAAGAUGGUUUCAUGUUUCUUGUUUAUGUGCAUAUCUUGAGAAAGAAGACAGAUCCUGGCACUUAUUUGUCAGUACGUGCUAGGUCCUUCAUGUUAGCUUGUUAUGGUGAAGAAGUGACACGUGAAAUACGAGAUGUUUGCUUUGAUUGUGUUCAGAGUUUAGAAAAAACUCUCUCUCUCUCUCUCUCUCUCUCAAUUAUCAUCAGUCGUCCAGCCUGGUUUUCCCAAGAUAUUUCAGUUAAGAAGAGAUUAGUGGAGAUGUGUUUGGGUUCUCUUGAUAAGAGUGCAUUUCUGAGAAAAACACGACAUUAUUUUAAGGAUACAUGUAUUGUUUAUCCUUUAAUAAUGUCGCGUUUUUCUCAGAAAUGCGAGUUACUCAAUUUUGGGAUCGAGUAUGCAGACAAAGAAACAGAUUGUUUUGCUAAACUUGGUUUGAACCGAUUAAUUACAAUUUCAUGGGAAGGCUCAGUUUCCUUGAUGGAUGAUUUAGGAACAACCUUGAGCAAUAAAGUAGGGCGAUACAAAAGUUGGGUCAGCAAUAUAAUCAUCUUUUCGAGUAUCACAGGCAAUGAAGAAACAUUUUGUGAUCAACUUUUGGCUCUUGGAUGGUGCGCCAUCCAGUUGCUUUUUACCUCUUAUUAUUCGGGUAAUCUAAUCAUCUUCUUCUCCAUUUUCUAUUCUUUGAUCAAGUGA